UUUCCCGCAAAUGCUAGAUUGUGUGUCACGUGAGCAAUAUCCAUGGUAGCCGAUUUUGUCCUUGGGUGACGUUGACAUGUGGAGAGGACGAUGUCUUUUACGAGAAAACCUAGUGGGAAGGCAUUAGAUAUUUUGCAGAAUUUGCCUCGUAUUUCAUUAGCAAACUUACGACCUGAACCGGGGACCAAGAAGGCUGAGAAGAAGCGAGGCAGAGGCCAACAUGGAGGAAACAGAAGUGGCCGGGGUCACAAGGGGGAGAGGCAGCGAGGCAACCGACCUCGUCUGGGGUUCGAGGGGGGUCAGACUCCCUUCUAUCUAGCCAUCCCAAAAUACGGCUACAAUGAGGGACACAGUCGGCGGGCUCAGUACCAGCCCCUGACCCUGAACAGGCUGCAGUAUCUGAUUGACCUGGGCCGGGUUGACCCCACUCAGCCCAUUGACCUGACUCAGCUGGUUAAUGGCAGGGGAGUGACCAUCCAGCCACAGAAGAGGGACUAUGGUGUUCAGCUUGUUGGCGAGGGUGCUGGUAUCUUUGCGGCGAAAGUCAACAUAGAAGUUCAGAUGGCGUCUGAAGAGGCCAUUGCUGCCAUUGAGAGAAACGGAGGGAUGGUCACUACAGGUUUCUAUGACCCCAGAAGUCUUGCGGUCCUCUGUAAGCCUGUCCCAUUCUUCAUAAGUGGACAGCCCAUUCCAAAGAGAAUGUUGCCUGGGGAAGACAUGGUCCCCUACUACACAGAUGCUGCCAACCGGGGUUACCUGGCAGAUCCAGAGAAGAUUCAAAAAGCACGGAUAGCCUUGGCCCAGAAGUAUGGCUACGUUUUACCGGACAUUUCCAAAGACGAAUUGUUCCACAUGCUCUCUAUGAUAAAGGACCCCAGACAGAUCUUCUUUGGCCUCUCGCCAGGCUGGGUCGUCAACAUGGCCGAGAAGAAGAUACUGAAACCGACUGAUGAUAAACUGCUCCAAUAUUACAGUUCAUAAAUGAUUCAAAUUAACAUGCUCUGUUGAUGUACAUAAAUGUCAUGAUUUUUUUUGUGAUUGUUUUUAAAAGGAAUGUCUAUGGUGCAGCUCUGUAGGUAAUGCACCAAUGCUUUAUGAUCAACGCAUAUAGUGGUUGGAGGAGUUCAUUUUGAUUAGGUUACAAACAUGGUACGGUCGUGCACUGAUCAGGGAAAUUCUUGGGACAGCGGACACUUGGACUAAUGUGUUGACUUUGAUAAGUAACCCCACUGCAGUCUCGGAUGAAAGUGCUGUAAUGAUCACUUCCGCUGGUGGUGCUUUAGUUCCCCUAGCUGGAAACACCAAUGUCCAACAUGAUGGAAGGAACAUAGACCCCAACAGGUGAGGGGGAAAUAAGAAACAUAAGAUGACUCAAAGAAUGAAAACAGGAAGCAGAUGCCUGCUGAUGUGUGUUAAAUGUAAAAUGGGCUGCCUCGGCUGGAGAAGGGGGAGUUUGAAAUGAGUCAUAGGCAGCUGUAUCCUGGCCUGGACGUUCAAACGACUGUACCCCCCCCCCCCCCCCCCCCCCCUUGUUUGGAACACAAUCUGAGGCACACACACUUGUAGUUCUACCCCUGUUAUGAUCUAAAGCUGACUGAUAUGUAAAGACUAUUUAGAAAAUGCCAUGAUUGUAUUGAUGUAAUGCUCCAAAAUCACUUCCUGAUUGCUAUCUAAGUGAUAACCCUUUCCGGCAAUACUAGGAUGAGGUAUUCCACAUCAAUAAAAUAAUAAAUCAAAUCAGAAAA